AUGACAGUCAGCGAAGCCAACGGCACAAACGGAGUCAAUGGAGCUCAGAGCCCACCGGUUGACGUGUCCAUUGCGACGAGUCCCAACGAUGCCGAAGCAAUUCCGGGCCUGUUGAAGGAAAUCAUCGCUGGUGUAGAUGCACUGGAAACCGGCGGCGAUGAAGCCAGGCACGACCUUCUCGUCAAGGCCCGAACCAUGGUUCAGGCUCUCGAGACGCCUAGGGAAACCAUGGUAAAGCACUGCUGGGCACAAACUGGUGCCAUGGCUGGCCUCAUGUUCGGUGUCGACUCUGGCUUGUGGACUUUGAUGGCCAAAAAUGGCGACAGAGCUCAGACAGUUGGCGAGCUGGCUGAGAGCCUUGGGGUUGAUCCUGUCCUCCUGAGCCGUUUGAUGCGUCACUUGGGUGCCAUGGGGUACGUCACCGAGACUGGCGCGGACGAGUACAAGCCUACCAACUACUCGAAAGCCAUGAGCAUUCCCAUCAUUGGCGAUGGUUAUCUCGCCAUGCUUUCCGCCACGAGCGCCGGGCCCAUAAAAUUCCACGAAUACGCCCGAAAACACGGCUGGAAGAACCCAACCGACGCCAAGGACACGCCGAUGAUGUACGCCUACAGCACGGAGAAGGAUAUGUUUGCGUGGCAGCAGUCCCUCGGCUACGGCAUGCACUUCAACCACCACAUGGGAGGAUACCGCCAAGGCCGUCCGCCGUGGAUGGCACCGGGCUUCUACCCGGUGAGGGAGAACCUGAUCGAUGGUGCCGACGAAAGCCCGGACGCCCCCUUCCUUGUCGAUAUCGGUGGCAGCGUGGGCCACGACUUGGCCGAGUUCAAGCGCCGGCACCCCAACACGCCGGGGAAGCUGAUCCUCCAGGAUCUACCUGUCGUCAUCGGCCAGAUCAAAGACUUGGACUCGGAGAUCCAGCGCAUAGAGUAUGACUUCCAUACAGAGCAGCCAGUCAAAGGUGCUCGUGCCUACUACAUGCACUCAUGCCUGCACGACUGGCCGGACGACGUCUGCCAGACCAUCCUGGGGCGCAUCAAGGAGGCUAUGAAGCCCGGGUACAGCAAGCUGCUUAUCAACGAGAACGUCAUCCCGCAGACGGGCGCCUACUGGGAGACGUCGGCCCUCGACAUGGUCAUGUUGACGCUCUUCUGCUCCAAGGAGCGCACCGAGGCCGACUGGCAUCACCUGCUUGAGGAGAUGGCUGGGCUGAAGAUUGUCAAUAUCUGGAGCGGCGGGAAGGGGGUUGAGAGUCUGAUUGAGUGUGAGCUGCCAAGUCUGCCGAACUAG